AGUCGCACUAAUGUGUCGUCACGCGCGGUAACAGCUGAUCGUUGGUCGUAAACUCUGCGCCGAGAGCUGACAACACAGCAGCAGCACGAGUUUCACCUUGUUGUUGUGAACGAAGAAGAUCCUCCGUGAUAUUUAGAGGAACAUCAGCCCGACAUGCCGAAGUACUGCUCUGUCCUGAACUGUAAGAAUGACUCUGGGAACAACGGGAACAACGACAGGAGGAGUUUCUACAAGUAAGAGGAGAGUUUGAACAGAGUUUAUCAGAGAGUUGGAGCUAACUGCUGAACUUUACUGCUGCUGCUGAGGACGCGUCAUCCAACCUGAUGCAGCUCUGAUGAGUCACUCUUUAUCGAUCAGAGUUAAAACCUCAGAAAUGAUCGGUUUUGAUCAAUAUUAUUAACACUAUUAGACACUCUUCCGAUCAUUUUCUCAGCCUUUCUGUCUUAUUCCGACCUCUGAGUCAGCUCGGACCCUGAUUCAAUCAUCAGCGUCUGUCGAUGUAAACCAGUUCGAUCACUUCAGUUUUAUAUGUAAAUCCACAUCAAGAUCUAAACUAACUACAAUUAAACUCACUAACACGGAGUUCUGCGAUGAAACUUUAUUCUGUUUACAGCUCAUGAUGUUCAUUCUUCCAAAUUAAUGUAGCUGAGUAGGUCAUGAAGUUUGACACAGAGUUGAAGUAGUUUAAAGUAUAUAGACACUGUUUUCAAGAGCUACAGGGGUGAGGGUGGUGUUGGUACAACUUUGUGUUACAGGGUUUACUCUGUGGGGCAUGAAUGCACGUUUGUAUGGAUAGAGAGUCUCCAUUAGUGUAUAAAUAAUGUAGUGUUGACUACAGCAUGAGUGUAUAGACUGAUCAGUAAGGUUAAAGAUUGUUGGAGAAGGGGUGGGAGCUCAUAAGUAUUACUUCUUCCCACUUCUUUUUGAAUAUUCAUUGUUUUGUUUUUAUUUAUUUUCAUGUAUGAAGAUUUCUGUGUCUGAAAUAAUAAGAACAAUCCAACAUAAUACGCUUUAGUUCAGCACCACUUCACUUUAUUUCAUUUUCCCUGAAGAGAAAUUUGCUUCACAGCCAGUUAAAACCACAAAAACACGCUCAAAUACACAGAAACAGGGAUACGUCAUGUUUAAGAAUACAGUAAAAAAUGACUGACAGUGAAAACUAUCCCCCUAACUAACCUUUCCAACUGAUGAUAACAAAGGUGAGGACAGAUUCAACCACGAAACGGUAAUAAAGUUGUUAAGUGAAUCUGGAGGAAGUGCAACAGUUGCCGGUCUUUUUUACACUCAGAAUUAGUCAUGAAUGAGUUUAUUAAUGACCACACAGAGAUGCUCAAAGCUUUUAACUUCCUCCUCAGUCUUUUCUCAGUUACAGUUAAAAAAUCUGUGGACAUGUCUGCAGACUUGUUGACGUUUAGUUUUAAAACAUGAGUUUUCACACUGUUCUCUAAAAUCACCUCCCACAGGUCCAGCUGCUGUUUUCUCCUCCUGUAACAGACUCACGAUGACCGUUUCAUCCUCAGACUUUAGUCGAGACUGUUUUUACAUUUGUGAUUUCAUAUGGCUGCUUCCUUUGUGUGUCUUUCUUUAAAGAUAAAUCUAAUCCCAGUUAGUUAACUUAACAUGAAUUACUAAAAGGAUUUGCUCUCAUUUCAGCCUCUAAAACAUUUCAGGAUUUCAUCAACCCAAGCUAAAAAGUGAUGAGUGCACAGAGUCAGUCAGUAACCGGAUCCCUGUCUCACUUCUGAGGCUCUGAUUUCUUUCUGUUUGAGUAUAAAAACUGACCCUUCAGGCUCAGCGUGAAUCCUCUAUCCAGUGAAUUCUCCCACUUUCUUACUGGACUGCAGCAGCACCUGUACGAGUGUCUCACACCUGUGAUCUUCAUUGUGUUCCAGGUUCCCCCUGCAGGACCCGGUGCGUCUGCAGCAGUGGCUGAGGAACAUGGGGAGAAAAAACUGGACCCCCUCUCGACACCAGUACAUCUGCCACGAACAUUUUGCACCGUCGUGUUUUAAGGUGCGAUGGGGAAUACGUUACCUGGAGAGUGAUGCUGUACCCACCAUCUUUCAAGAAACAGAGGUAAAGUCACUUUUAAACGUCCUGUUUCUAAAUUUACAUCCAACUUUUUUAGUAGUUUUCUGAUCUUUAUUGUAAACUUCAGAAAAUCUUGAUACAGCAUCACAGAUAUUUGUUCAAGAAACUUGUGGCUGUUGAUUAAAAUGUAAACAAUUUGCAACAACCACCUCUCAGGGUGAGGGUCUCAGUAAGAAGGUAAACCGUGCUGAGGUCGCUUUAGUAAAUCUGAGGUUGUUCUGCUGCUGUAGAUGAACGAAAACUAAUGCGUCUUUUCAGAAACGUAAAGCCACGGAUGAAGAUGAGAAGAAGACGAAACGCUUCAGAGCUGACAGCCAUCAGAGCAUCACGGUGUCAGAUGACAGGAUGGCGACAGGGGGCGCCGCAGAGGUGGGGAGUUCCAUGCAGACUCUCCACCUGUAUGAGAUCACGGUGGACCCUCUGCAGCAGAGAGACACCGGCGUGGUGGAGAUGAGCAGUCCUGGAGAACCUCACUCUUCUCUGCAGAUGGAUUCAGUGAACCACUUUCAGAUGGAGGCAAACUUCCCGUUAACUUUGUUCCAGACGGUCGAAGAUCUGAGUAACGGCGGAGAAGACACGGAGGUGGUGGUGUUGUCUGAAUGUCCUGCAGGUGAAGGGCAAGGUGAGCUGGUGAACGGGAUCACUGCCGCCAUUUUAACGCAGGGCCACGGCCUGGUCAUGAGGAACUCCGCUCUCAGCCAUGCAGAUGAGACCGUGGCUUCUCUUCGUGUUGAAGAUGUGACUCGUACCACAGAGGAGUCCUCAGACGUCUGUGAAGGCAGCGAAACCAAAGUCAUCGCCUACUUUGAGACGAUACCGAAUGUUUUCCCCAGUGAAGUCUCCACACGGUUCGCCUUCUCCCCCGACACGGUGCUUUCGUCAGCUCUCAGCUCCAAACCCAUCACAUCGACUCUGCCAAUAGUGUCCAAACACACCCCGCCUUCCCCUACUUCUCUGGCCCUCAAGGUGCAAAGACUGGAUCCAGAGGAGGGAGACGACGGCCAGUCAGAGGAGGACAGCGGGGAGCUGCAGGAUCAGCAGCUGGAGGAGCACAGGUGAGGACAAGUCUGUGUUCUCACUCACACAGAAAAAAAAAAAGUGUUUCCUCUUCUUCUGCAGCGUUAACAAGAUGAACUUUGUCUCCUCUGUGAUCAGCUACCACAAGAACAGUCUGAGUAAGGAGCAGCUGGAGGGGAUCGUGGUGGAGCUGCAGAAGAAGGUCAAAGUUCUGCAGCAGCGACACAGACGACACCUGGAGAAACUUCUGGGUCUGGAGAACACGGUCGGCCAGCUGAGGCAGAACAACCUGCUGAAUGAGGAGCGACUGCAGCUGCUGGAGAGAGUGAGAAGCUUCGAGUGUUUUUUUCUUUUUAAACCUGUAAAAAUAUCAGUUCAGUGUCUUCAUUACACUCGUCUGUCUCUGUGUGAUUAAAUAUCUUCUUCCAGGCUUACAUCCAGACCAGCGCAGCAGUGCCAGAACCAGGUGAGACCGUGGCCAUCAUCUACGAGGAAAACGACGGGUCUUUCUUGUACACACCUCUGAACAGCGACACUGAAAAUCUGUGAGGCUGAACUGACUGCAGACGCCCGCCUGAGUGUUUCGGACGCAGCUAAUGAUAAAAUCUCUGUUUUUCUUUCUUCAUCUUCGUCUCGUUGAAUCUGCUGUGAGCUUUGCACAAUCAUGAAUGAGUAAUCUGGGAAAAAUGAUGAAUGUGUGUUUUUUAAUGAUUUUCACCCUCUACCCCUUUCUUCUCGGCUUCAACCACUUUUUGAACGUCUCUUUGUUUGGGUUCAUGUAAAAAAUCACAUUAAAAAUAACAGUCGUCUCAGUUUGUGCUUCAUUUCUGCUGUGAUUGACAUGUCAGCCAUGAAAGAACAAUAAAAAAAAACAUACUAAUACUUUC